GUGAUUGGCUAAAGCAUGUGUCUGGCGGUUGAUAAAGUCAUACACCAGGAGAGAGAGAGAGAGCAGGACACGGCGAAAUUUGUUUUAGGUUUCCUUCCGACAUGGAUAUUUUGUUAUAAACAGUCUCUGAACUGGUUACAUCUAGUUUGAUUUCGUUUGUCUUCUCUCAAUGUGGGGCGGCAAUGCAGUUUCCUGACGGUGACACCGGCGAGGUCUAUACUACACUACACUACACUACACUACACUACAGCCAGGUUUUGUAUUUUGAAGUCUGGCUGAACACUUCCAAGUCCAUUCACAUCUGAAGUCUUCAGACCUCCAACAGGAUGGAUGUGCUUCCAAACACUUUCUCUAUGUCCAACCACAUGCAUGGAGACGACCCCUCAUCUGUUCCUCCACCUGCCAUGUCUAUUGAUAAACUCUUGCCUGCCCUCCUUGAGUGUUUUGGGAUCAUACUAUGUGGCUACGUUGCUGGCCGGGCCAAUAUCAUAACCUCCACCCAAUCCAAAGGUCUGGGAAACUUUGUGUCAAAGUUUGCUCUACCAGCACUGCUGUUUAAGAACAUGGUGCUGCUGGACUUUGGCAAUGUCAUCUGGCCAUUUCUUUGGAGCAUCUUAGUGGCCAAACUGUCUGUUUUCUUUGUUGUGUGUGUAUUGACUUUGCUGGUGUCUAGCAAGGAUAGCCGAUACUCCAAAGCUGGACUAUUCUCCAUAUUUGCCACUCAAAGUAAUGACUUUGCCUUGGGAUAUCCUAUAGUUGAAGCAUUAUACAGGAACACCCACCCAGAGUACCUUCAGUAUAUUUACCUGGUUGCACCAGUCUCCCUCAUGGUGCUCAAUCCUAUUGGAUUUGCAUUCUGCGAAGUCCAGAAAUGGAGACGUGAGCAGCGGCAGCAGAAGAGUAAGCUGCAUGUAAUCGGAGUGGUCUUCAUUCAUGUUCUUAAGAAUCCCAUUGUCUUCAUGGUGGUAAUUGGGAUUGCAGCACAUUUUGUCCUGGGCCCAAAGGUCCCAGAUUUCAUGCAGGAGUUUGUGGAUGGUUUGGCCAACUCUUUUGGAGGAGCAGCUCUGUUUUAUCUGGGUCUGACCAUGGUGGGUCAGCUGAAGAAACUAACCAGGUCCACUGUGGUGGCUCUUAUACUGCUCAUUACUGCCAAAUUACUGGUGAUGCCGCUGAUCUGUAGAGGCAUGGUGGAGGUUCUGGACAGAGGGAAUAUUAGUUCUCAAAAUCAGAGCAGUCUCUCUAACUAUGCUUUCCUCUAUGGCGUUUUUCCCACUGCACCCAGUGUGGCCAUUUAUGCCAGUCACUACAACAUGGAGCUGCAAGUGAUGACCUCAGGGAUGGUGAUCUGCACAUUUCUCUCUGCUCCCAUCAUGUAUGUCUCUGCAUGGCUGCUGACUAUUCCCUGGAUGAAUCCCAAACUACUAGAAUCAGCACUACAAAACGUUAGCUUUAACAUCAGCAUUGUCAGCCUUGUCGCUCUAGUGUGGUGUGUUGCUGUCUGUAUAAUGAGUAAGAAGUUCCGUAGACGUCCGCAUAUGUUUACCAUCAAUCUGUUUGUGGCACAGCUGGGGGUAUGUCUAGGUAUGAUCGCUUGGAAAUUUGUGGCGGUUGAGAAUAGCUAUGUUGGUCAGGUCUUGAUCUUUACACUUCUCUAUGGCUCACUCUACAGUACUUACAUAUGGCCUGGUCUGAUAGCUCUGUCUCUAUUCUUGCUGAAGAGAGAUGAGGAGCUGAAGGUGCAGCCUGGUGUUUUAAUGAUAAUUGGUUGGGGAGUGCCUGGUGUGGCAGUAAGCAUCCUGUUGAUAGUGGGAGAGAGAAUGCCAGACACAAUUGACUCUGCAUUCUUUUUUGGCCAGUCACAGGUUGUGAUUACAGUCAUUGUAUUGGGAAUAGGUAUUGCUGUAUCUGGACUCUGCCUCAUGCUGCUCAGCAGAGGUACACAUGAAUAUCAAACUCUGGAGCAUGGCUCACUAAAUGGCACUGCAGAGGACCUUAGGACCGACAACAAUAUACAAAUUCAAAGCACAGUUGAGCAGACCACCGUGGAGACUGCCAAUAAUAGAGGGCAUCAAGAAUGUCAGUGUAACUGUUCUUUAGUUCAGGAUGUACAUAAUAAUAUUUACAACAGCAGUGUGAAGGACACACCAUCUAUACAGCAAGGUCAGUGUGGGAACUGCUGUGACUCAUCUCAUUGUUUGCUGGUAGAAGAAGAGCAAAAGCAGCAGACUGCAGACAGACAGGUGGCCAGACAUGUGCUGCUUUGUCUGUUACUCAUUGUCAGUCUCCUGGCUAAUAUCUCCAGCUACCUCUGGUGGCUCUUCAGUCCAGUUCCAGGUAGACUUUAUUUAGAGCUGCAAUUCUUCUGUGCUGUGAUCAACUUUGGACAGGGAUUUAUAUCAUUUGGCAUUUUUGGCCUUGACAAACAUUUAAUCAUUAUACCAUUUAAAAAGAGGAUGGCACGUCUGAUGCAGACUCGGGGACAGGAGGCAGCAGAUUCCUCUAAUGUGUCUGAGGAGAUCAGAAUCACCUGCAGUCAGUUUCUCAAGUACCAUAAAGAACAAUGUAUCCAGGACAUUGUUAAGGAAAAGAGGUGUGGGGAGCACAGUGUAGCGCACACAUUUCUUGGAAGUGAAAUGGUGGUGUGGCUGCAAACUGUUGGAUUGGCCAGUGACCAGGGUGAGGCGCUGCUGUAUGGUUGCCGCUUGCUGGAGGGUGGAGUUAUCCACCACAUCACUUAUGACUAUGAUUUCCAAGACGAUAACUUGCAUUACUCUUUCACAGAGGACUCUGCGGUUCAUCACUAAAACUGAAAGAAAUUUGUGCCCAGAAAA